AUGGAAAGUAACGCGGAUCUAGAAGAAGUUCAAAUCAACGUUAAUGGAACAAACUGUCCUUACGCUAAAUCGAUAGAACAGAAUUUUUCUAGUCCAAUACACAGUCAUUCUCUUUUUUGCACAGAAGCUCCCACUGUGUCACUUGAAACAUCAAAUGAUUUGUCUAAUUCACCUACCAUUCUGUCAAGCUCUACUGUAACUAAAUACCUUCACUCCGUGUUACAAAAGAAUCGAGCUGUUAAUGAACAAAACUAUGGGAUACUAGUUGAAGCUCUUCGAUUAAUUGCAGAAAUUUUAAUCUGGGGUGAUCAAAAUGAUAGUUCGGUUAUGGACUUUUUUCUUGAAAAGAAUAUUCUCGAAUACUUUUUGCAGUAUAUGAAACAAGAUUUAAGUCGAAGAAUAUGUGUUCAGUUACUACAAACUUUAAAUAUUUUAUUUGAAAAUAUAACAAAUCAAACAGCUAUCUAUUACCUUUUGUCAAACAAUCAUACAAAUGCUAUUAUUACGCAUCGUUUUGAUUUCACCGACGAAGAAGUGAUGGCUUAUUAUAUUUCCUUUCUAAAAAUAUUAUCCUUUCGUCUCAACGUAAAUACCAUCAGCUUUUUCUACAUUGAGUCUCGUCGAGAGUUUGAUUUAUAUGUUGAAGCGAUUAAAUUGUUCGCCCACCCAGAGGGUAUGGUUCGUAUCGCUGUACGUACUAUCACUUUAAAUGUACAUAAAGUUAAAGAUGAAGCUGCUUUGGAGUUUAUUCACCAUCAGACUUCAUUAAUUUACUUCUCACAUCUUGUAUGGUCAAUAGGUAAUACAAUAUUAGAUAUUGAUUGUCAUAAGUGUCAAACUAAGUUGAAAGAUUUAGUUGCAGAACAUAUUGAUCAUUUACACUACAUAGAUGACUUGUUGUCAUUGGGUAUAGAAGGCUUAAAUGAAGUACUGUGUGACCAGUUACUGAGAAGAUUAUUUAUACCAUUACAUAUCUACUCACUAUUUAAGCAAUACAAAUCGGAUGCAACAGCAAAUCUAGGGACAGUUCGUAGACCUCGUCUAUCCUAUUCAGUGACAGUGUUUACAUUAAUUCAUGUCUAUUUAUUUCUACGUGAUACUCGACUAAUUUGUUUACUUACGGAAGCUAUCUUAAUUGGCGAUCUCACAUUGCCUGGUUUAAUAAUACCUUGUAAUAUAUCAUGUUCCAAUUCACAAAUUGUCUUCAAUGACUCCACAUUUCAGGAUUGUUCUGUAAGUUUUCAAAAAAAUUUAAAUUACGACGAGACUGAUGAUGAUCCAGCAAUGAUCAUUGCUAAAACGUUAAUUGCUGCCACUGUAUCUUUACGAGCUUCUGACCAAGCAUUACCUGGGCAAAGAUUAACUACCUACUUAAUACAUUCAGUGACAUCUAAAAAUCCAUUGAUAUUUUCUCAGCCUAGUGAAUCAUUAGAACAUGGAUUAACUCAAGCGAAAGGUGUAACACCGACAUUGAUGUCUGUUCUAUGGCCACCCAAUAUGGCUCCACUAAAACUAGUGGAGAAGAAUGCAGAAACUUACGUUCAGUCAUCCAUUUCUUCAAAUCCAUGUGAAAAGCGCUCAUCUGAUCUAUCACCAGGCGAUUCACAAAUACAAUCUCCUAACAGCUGUACAGAUUCGUAUGUAUCUUCUCUUGAAAAAUCCCCAGUUAAAAUUGAAGAUUCAUCAUCUAAUUCAUCAGUCGUUUUUGAACAAAAUAAUAAAACAAUCGAUGCUGACUUAUCAAAUCUAUCUGGCCGUGUUUUUUUAAGAUCUUUAUUUCGUUCUUUGGAAAUCGGUUCCGGUUCAGACCAAGAUGCUAUAUUCUCUAUUCUCCUUUUAUUCGCUAUAAAAUCAAAUAAAGGUGUUGAUUCGGCUACUUUGAAACUUGCCCAAUUGAACGGUCCCGAUAUAAAAAAUGAACCAUCAUAUAAUUAUACACUUGUCACAAAGCUUAUUGAAUUAAUUGGUGACGCAUGUAAAGCUGAAAGUCGUAUUCGUUUAAUAACUGUCCGAAUGGCUAUUCGUUUGCUAACAGACUUAGUAUAUAGCGUCAAUUGUGGUUGUCAAUUAUCCGAUCAACAUUUCGCUGAAAUUAUUAAUGCUCGCGAAGAAGCGAUGCUUGUAUUAAGGAAUUAUUUUGAGAUUAGUGCAAUAUUUCUAGACCUGUUUGAAAAUGAAUUACGUCGUAUUCAGUCAGCACUUCCUCUGCUAUCUACAUUAGCUACAGAUGCUCGUCUGUUAAUACAACCAUAUUCAUCAUUCUUGGAGCAAUCAGACGAGAAAACGAAAAAUACUACUAAUGCUACUAUUAGUAGUAAUAAGAUGCAAAUGUUGACAUGUGAUGAUAUGGAUUUAAUCUAUAGAUUACCGAAUAAUGAACGUGAGCAUAUUCAACGUGCAAUCGGGAUCUAUCUUAUUGUACAUAUUUGGUUAGAAAGAAUGCUGACUUUAAAAAUGAAUGUUACCUCAUAUCAAGAUGUUAUUGUCGAUGCUGAUAACAUUUGUUUAUCAGUUGAGAAUUCGGAGAUAUUUCCAAAUGAUUUGUUUUCCAAUCUUGUUGGUAUACCUGGAUUAGGAGGAUUUUGUAGUAUACCAGAUCCUAAAACAACUUCACCUUCAUUAAAGACAGGAGAUAGACUAGAUCUAUUCUCUGAAACACUGAUUGGAUGUACAGUGGAAUGUUCUGGCAUUCAUGAAAAACGUUUUAUAGUUAGUUGUGGUCAGCAGUUGGUUCUGGUAAAACCUGACUCAAAACAACUUGGUUGGGGUGUCAUAACAUUUAUUGGACCACUACAAGAUCGGUUAUUCACUAUUAAACUAAUUUUUGCAAUAAUGUUGAUGGAGAGUUCCUGAACCAGAAUAGAGCAACUGUUCAGUGCUACUUGAUGUUCACCAACUCCCAGGUUGAUAAUAAUCGACAAUGUAAACCAGUUUUUAUAAUAAACUAAUCUACAAAACCUGUUCAACUAAGUCUUUAAUAAUGUUACUACAACAUAACAAGGAUUUUCCUCAGUCUAAUGUGCACUUUAUCUAAAAUUGGUUUCUAGAUAAAUCAAACAAGAUGAUUUCACAGUUCUAAUGUUUUGUUUUAUUUCGGUUUCUAAUUUAUUGCAUAAAUAGGAUUUGGAAUCUCAUUGUGAUCCAGCUGAUAGUCGUUGUCUUCAUGUGACCAUUCAUGCACCUGGUCAUUUAACCUGUCAAAAUUCUAGUCCUGGACGAUUGUUCAGUAAUAUUAAUAAUACUAAUAGUAAAUCGCCGAUUAUGGUUGCAAAGUUUCUAUUUGAAGAUCAUAUACGUUGUAUGACAGCUCGGCAAUUAUUGUCCCGUGGUAAAACAGUCGUUGAACAAACGAAACUACGGAAGAUCGCAUCUUUGCUUGACUUCCCACCUCAAUUUAUACGCGAAAAGUUUUUAGCUAACAACACAAGUACUGGUUAUAACAGUGGCAUUAUUGGUAGUAAAAAUUAUAUGUGUAAUAACCAACACACAAUGAUUGUCAACAACCGUUUUGAUCCGGCAAAUACACGUGGUAUGCACUUAAAUACUAGCAGUAGUAGUGUUAAACGAAUCGGUACAAAUGUAAUAACUGGAACGAAAAGAGCUGAACAAUCACCGCCUGUGCAAAUAAGAAAGUUUAUAAAUGACAAUCACAAUAAUAAUACUAAAAACGAUAGCAGCGGUAAGACUGGUGAAAGUGUACGCCCAGGUGAUUGUCUAUUUGAUCAGCAAGGUAAUGUGAAUACAUCUGGUUGUUUACAUGAUACACAUGGAACUGACGCGUCAUCGUUAGUGGCACCAUUAGUUUGUUUGGCUAAUUCAAAUACUUCAACAAUGUCAAUGACUAAAGCAAUAGAGUCAACUGAAUCAACGAGUACUCUUGGUGAACCAGUUGUAAAAUCUAAUCUACUGCAAACUUUUACCAUCAUUAAAACACCUAACAGUAGAACAAUGAAUCAACAAGAAAUUUCUCAAUUAACAACGUCGUCUUCUGUUCACAAAACAGUAAGUGAUGGAAAGAGAAUUAAUAAGAAGAAGGAAGACAAGCAGCAGUGGUCACAGCUACAUGAGGAUGAGGACGAACAGAUUGUCGAUGAAAAGAAAAAACUUAUCAAUUUAUCUGAAGCGUUUUCCAAUUUAAAAUCAGAUAUGUUUACAAAUGACUAUUCAAGUGGAAAUAAACAAGCUGAACACCAUUGCUUAUCUUCCGAAUCCAAACAGUCAAACUAUUCAUCAGGUGAUAUUUCCGAUGUAUAAAAAUGAGAGAGACAGGGAGUAUAGAGAACUGAGAAUUUUUAUCUUAACGUUUUUGUUUGAUUACGACAAUGGUUGUUAUAAUACUUUGUAAAUACUCGUUUAAAACCGGACGAACAGAUUAAUGGGGAGCGAAUACAAUGCAUCUAUCAAUCUAUCUAUUUAAGCAUAUACGUAUAUGUAAACGAACACUAUCUGCUAAAAGAACCAUUUACGUAACCUACUUGAAAGUUGUUCGUAUCUUUCAAGUUUCUGUCUUUCAGUACUUCAUUUCUAUUUAAACUUUCCUCUUUGUUGCUGAGUAAGCACGACAGAAUGAUUGAAAUUAUGAAUGCUCAUGUUUUUGUAUACAUAUGUGUAACUCACUAUCAUUACUACUACUACUACUACUACUACUACUACUACUACUACUACUACUACUACUACUACUACUACUACUACUACUAUUACUGGUAAGUAGUGAUAGCGUAGCGGUACCAAUAUGCAAUAUUAGUCCUUUCUUUAAAUAUAAAUUGAGACAAAUACAUUCAUUAUUAUUUGUUUUAAAUGUAUUUAAGAUUCAUAUUUUCAAGAAGAAAGAAUAAAUGUUUAUGUCAUUAUUUAGAUGUUUGUAAUAUUUUUGUUAUCACUAACAUCGGUAGUAGUUAAUAAUCAUUAAUUAUUUUUCUCCCUCC